AUGUCUGAAACACCCGAGAGAACCACCGUCUAUCAGAGCCUGGUAGUCUCGAACGCGGGGGCCAGUGCAAACUCCGACCCCAACCGCUCUCUGCCGCGCAAUGACACAGAAGUUCCCACACAAACCCUGGAAGAACUAGCGAGGCAAAAUAUGGCUCCAUUCCUUGCAAAAUACCAGCCAAGGCAAUAUGCGCCUUUGCGCUCGCAAGUCUCCACGCCCUCUGAGCAACGCCUCGUGAACGCCAGCUAUUGCUAUCGUCAUAAACCCGAUUCAAAAUGCGGUAGGCGCCAAGCCGACGAGCAAUCGAUGACACAGCUGCAGUCUGAGCUCAACCUGCUUCCCCAAAGUGAUCAACAAGGCAUCGCCCAUGUGUGGUCGUUGUUUUCUGCUGCUCCAGCGAAGCAACGGACUCUCAUGCUCCAGGGAAUUCUGGCGCAAUGCUGCUUCCCUCAACUUUCCUACAUCUCUGCCAGUGUUCGCGAACUUAUCCGAAUCGAUUUUCUGGCCGCCCUUCCUCCAGAGCUGUCCUUCAAAAUUCUCCGUUACCUCGAUACGGCCUCAUUGUGCCGAGCAGCACAAGUUUCUCCUCGCUGGAGAGCUCUCGCCGAUGACGAUGUGGUGUGGCACCGGAUGUGUGAGCAGCAUAUUCGCCGAAAAUGUAACAAGUGCGGGUGGGGUCUUCCUCUUCUGGACCGCAAGCGUCUGCGCGAAGCCAAGCGUGAGAUCGAGUUGCGCGCUACCACCUGGGGAAAUACCGAGCCUGCCGUUAGGCCUACUGAAACCACUGUGGUUGAAUCUUGCUCGGCUGCCAAGCCCUCAGCAAGCGGCAAACGCAAGAUGCCAUCCGAGGAUGAAACAUCCGCUCUUGCAAAACGUCACUGUGCAUCGCCUCCCCAGUCUCCCGAAGAGGAUGAAAGCUACUUCAAAACUCGCUACCGUCCCUGGAAGGACGUCUACCGUGAUCGAUUUGUUGUCGGGAUGAACUGGAAGCACAAGCGGUGCUCUAUCAAAGUGUUCAAAGGACAUAGGGACAGUGUCAUGUGUCUGCAGUUCGAGGACAAUAUCCUGAUGACUGGUUCUUACGAUGCUACCGUUAAGAUCUGGGACACUGAUACCGGCGAAGAAUUACGAACCCUCAAAGGCCAUGCUGCUGGAGUACGAUGCCUCCAGUUUGAUGAUACGAAGUUGAUCACAGGUAGUUUGGAUCGCAGCAUCAGAGUCUGGAACUGGCGCACAGGCGAAUGUAUCUCUAAGUUCAAUGGCCAUGCCGAAGCCGUCAUCGCCUUGCACUUUGACUGUACGCUUCUUGCAUCCGCUUCCGUCGAUUGCACCGUCAAAAUCUGGAACUUCAAGGACAAGUCAACUUUCGUCCUUCCCCAUCCACAGGGAGUCAAUGCUGUCAAAAUUGAUUCUAUUUCGCGUACGGUUCUGACCGCCUGCGACGAUGGCGCUGCGCGCCUUUGGGAUCUGGAUACCAAGACUUGCAUCAGAGUCUUCCAUAAUCACAUUGGUGCCGUCCAACAAGUAGUGGCUUUGCCGCGAGAAAUUGAACUCGAAAACCACCUUGCCGACUGCGAGAAUGACCAUGUCAGCACCGCCUCUCAAUACGGCGACAGCAUUCUGGGCACACUUUCCCCUAUUCUAGAGACUAAGUCUCUCUCUCUUCAGCCAUCAUCAUUUGGCCCCUCCUUUGACCAGGAGCAAGGCCGCAUGGAACCUCCAAGAUACAUCAUCACCAGUGGUGUGGACGCUACUAUCCGUUUGUGGGACACGAGCACUGGAAGAUGUCUUCGUACCUUCUUUGGACACCUGGAAGGGAUCUGGGGUCUUUCUGCCGAUACCCUACGGAUUGCCUCUGCUGGCAUGGAUCGCAUGGUCAAGAUCUGGGAUCCUCGUGUUCCCACGUGCCAAGAUACCUACGAAGGUCAUAGUGCUGCUGUCAACUGCAUUGGCCUUAGUGAUAGUCGCUUCAUCACAGGCGGUGACGACUACCAGGUCCGUAUGUAUGAUUUCCGGGCCUAG